AUGAAAGUCUUCUCCUUGGCCCUGCUCACCCUGCUGCUGGCAGCUCUCUGGACUGGAAGCCAGGGUGUCUCCUUUCGCAGCUUCUACAACAAGUGCUGCUACAAAGAGAUGUUUGUUCAUCAGAAAAUCCCUGACUCCCUCAUCAGGAGCUACCAGAAGACGCCUCCCUACUGCUCCCGCAAGGCUGUGCGUGUGGAGCUGCUGAAGGGGAGAAAGUUCUGCAUAGACCCGGAGGAGGGCUGGUUCCAGCAGUACCAGCGGAGGAAGGAGUUGACCAGCACCUCCACAUGA